AGAAUUGAAAGCUAAGUUACAAUUCUUUUAAACAAUUUAUUGUAGUAUAUGUUAUCCCUCUAUCUCUCUUUCUCUCUCUCAGAGUAGCAGAGUCUGCUCGUUUAGGUUACAUGAACUGAGAGAGCUACAAGAAAGGGUACCUAAAUUUUUAGAUUUUCAUUUUCGGGGUAACUAUCAAAACUGCUGCCCGACUAGAAUUUUUAAAAAAUGGAGCUUUCAUUUUAUUUCCAGAGUAACCCGGUAAUUUCUUGAACUAUUCUUGAUUUUUUCUUUAUUUAUGAUUAUUAUUUUGGGUGGUCUCCUUUUAAAUUGAUGUUUGAUUGGUCACUUUAUAUAUUUCUUUCACUUCAAUCUUUUAUUGAGGAAAAGAAAAAAGAAAAAUUGUGGAAAUAGUGCAAAGUGUUGUAACAAUCUCUAGUGGGAUAUCUGGUUGUUGCAGCAGUAUAUUUUCUUUAGCUCUAUAAUCUUGAAUCUAUUCCAUUCCUUUUUCUUUUUUUUUAAUUAAAAAUUAAUCUUGAUGAUAGCUAGAAACUUCUUGGUUCUAUCACUUUCUUUGUGUUGAUUCAUUUCUAUCUUCACUGAAAUUUCAUUUCGCACUCCCUUUGAUUUUCUCUCUCCCUCUUGCUUGUUCUGAACUUGAAAAUCUUUGUUUUUUUAACACAGUUAAAGACCAGCUACCUUUCUUGUCAUCUAGAGCAUAGUUAGUGACUCUGUUUAAGUAAAUCUUGAAAAAGAGUAUCUUCUGAUUUGUGUUUUACGCUAGUUGGUCUUAUAGUUUCGUGGUUUUACAAGAUCUUAUUAGCUUAAAUUUUGGAAAGGGUUUAUCUUUCUUUGUUUAAAUGAGAAAUUUCUUACUGUUUAGCUAGAUUUUGUUGUAAAAACUAAGAAAAAGAAGAAAUGGUGUCAAGGUCAUAUUCAAAUCUUUUGGAGCUUGCUUCUGGUGAGUCUCCAUCGUUUGGCCGGAUGAACCGGAGAAUCCCACGGAUUAUGACUGUGGCCGGGAUAAUCUCCGACCUAGAUGAUGACCCAUCAGAGAGUGUAUGCUCUGACCCAUCAUCAGCUUCGAUUCAGAAGGACCGAAUAAUUAUAGUAGCAAACCAGUUGCCAAUUAGAGCACAAAGAAAAUCAGAUGGUAGCAAUAAGUCUUGGAUUUUUACUUGGGAUGAGAAUUCACUUCUUCUUCAGUUGAAAGAUGGAUUAGGUGAUGAUGAAAUUGAGGUUAUUUAUGUUGGUUGCCUAAGGGAAGAAAUUCACCCUAAUGAACAAGAUGAAGUUUCGCAGAUACUCUUGGAGACUUUCAAAUGUGUGCCUACAUUUAUCCCUCCAGAUCUUUUUAGCAGGUAUUAUCAUGGAUUUUGUAAGCAACAGUUAUGGCCUUUGUUUCAUUAUAUGUUACCUUUGUCACCAGAUCUUGGUGGUAGGUUUAAUAGGUCACUCUGGCAAGCUUAUGUGUCAGCAAAUAAGAUUUUUGCUGAUAGAAUUAUGGAGGUUAUUAACCCAGAAGAUGAUUUUGUAUGGGUACAUGAUUAUCAUCUUAUGGUGCUUCCAACUUUCCUUAGGAAGAGGUUUAAUAGGGUGAAACUUGGGUUUUUUCUCCAUAGUCCAUUUCCUUCGUCAGAGAUCUAUAAGACGUUGCCUAUUAGGGAAGAGCUUCUGCGAGCCUUGUUAAAUUCGGACUUGAUCGGGUUCCAUACUUUCGACUAUGCACGGCAUUUCUUAUCUUGCUGUAGUAGAAUGCUUGGUCUCACAUAUGAAUCCAAGAGGGGAUACAUAGGCCUUGAAUAUUGUGGUAGGACUGUAAGCAUCAAGAUUUUACCCGUUGGUAUACAUAUGGGUCAGCUUCAGUCGGUUUUGAGACUUCCAGAGACUGAAGCAAAGGUCGCAGACCUCAUUAAACAGUUCUGUAACAAGGGUAGGAUAAUGUUGCUGGGGGUGGAUGACAUGGAUAUAUUUAAAGGUAUAAGUUUGAAGCUGCUGGCAAUGGAACAGUUGCUUAUGCAGCAUCCGGAGUGGCGAGGCAAGGUGGUGUUAGUACAGAUAGCAAAUCCUGCUAGGGGUAAAGGAAAAGAUGUGAAAGAAGUGCAGGCUGAGACUUACUCCACUGUUAAGCGGAUCAAUGAAGCAUUUGGAAUGCCGGGAUAUGAUCCUGUAGUCUUGAUUGAUGCACCGCUAAAGUUUUAUGAAAAAGUAGCAUAUUAUGUUGUUGCUGAGUGCUGUUUGGUCACUGCUGUGAGGGAUGGAAUGAAUCUUAUACCUUAUGAAUACAUAAUUAGUCGCCAAGGUAAUGAGCGGUUGGAUAAGGUGUUGGGACUAGAACCAACUGCUCCAAAGAAGAGCAUGUUGGUUAUCUCCGAGUUUAUUGGCUGCUCUCCAUCUUUGAGUGGAGCAAUUCGAGUAAACCCUUGGAACAUUGAUGCAGUAGCUGAUGCAAUGGACUAUGCUUUGGAGAUGGCUGAGCCAGAAAAACAACUCCGGCAUGACAAGCAUUACAAAUAUGUCAGUACUCAUGAUGUUGGAUAUUGGGCACGUAGUUUCCUUCAGGAUUUGGAGAGAACAUGUCGUGAUCAUGCAAGGAGGAGAUGCUGGGGUAUUGGAUUUGGAUUAAGCUUCAGGGUUGUGGCACUUGAUCCAAACUUCAGGAAGCUCUCGAUGGAGCACAUUGUAUCAGCUUACAGGAGGACCAUGACUAGAGCAAUUCUUCUGGACUAUGAUGGCACUCUAAUGCCUCAGGCUUCAAUUGAUAAGAGCCCAUCUCCUAAGUCAGUUGACAUCUUAAAUAAUUUGUGCAGAGAUGAGAACAACAUGGUUUUUCUUGUUAGUGCUAGAAGCCGCAAGACACUCACUGAAUGGUUUACUCAGUGUGAGAAGCUAGGAUUAGCUGCAGAGCAUGGCUACUUCCUGAGGCUAACACGAGAUGCGGAAUGGGAAACAUGUGUGCCUGUAACAGACACUACUUGGAAGCAGAUUGCUGAGCCAGUGAUGCAGCUUUAUACUGAAACAACUGACGGGUCCACUAUUGAGGAUAAGGAAACUGCAUUAGUCUGGAGUUAUGAGGAUGCAGAUCCAGACUUUGGUUCAUGCCAAGCUAAAGAACUUCUUGAUCAUCUUGAAAGUGUCUUGGCUAAUGAACCUGUAACAGUCAAGAGUGGACCAAAUACAGUGGAGGUUAAACCUCAGGGUGUAAGCAAGGGGCUUGUUGCCAAACGCCUGCUUUCCACCAUGCAAGAAAGGGGAAUGUCACCAGAUUUUGUUUUAUGCAUCGGAGAUGACCGAUCUGAUGAAGAUAUGUUUGAGGUAAUAACCAGUUCAGUAGCAGGUCCAUCAAUUGCUCCUAGAGCAGAAGUGUUUGCGUGUACUGUUGGUAAAAAACCAAGCAAGGCUAAAUAUUAUCUGGAUGAUACAGCAGAAAUAGUUAGGUUGAUGCAAGGAUUGGCUUCAGUUUCAGAACAAACGGCAACAGUAUAAUGAUGAGUUAAAAAUGGUACUCUCUUUGUUGUUUUGCAAGUGUAAGCAUGUAGGUUGAGCGGUGUAAUCCACAUAGUUAUUUUCCUUAUUUUCUUUCAUGUGUAAAUUAUCGGUGUUACUUAAGAGAAGCUGUGGAAGUGGAACCCUUUUUUUUUUUUUUUUUGUUCGUUUGAUCUCUUUCUAGUAAAGAUGUAAAUAUAUGUUUGUGCCAUGAAUCUGAGCUUGUUAAACUGCAAUUUUUCUCUACAUUCAUAUUCUUGGAAAAGCUACAAAUGGAGGCAGCAUGUAAUUUUCUUGGUU